AUGGGGAAUUCGCUUUCCGCUGAAGCGUCGGGGAGAGGUCAACGGACAACUCAGAAAUUGUCCAAACCUAAGACAGGCAAUCCUACCGCAGCUGGCCUGUUGAGUACCACUGGUCUCUCGGGUUCUACACGUCCAUCACCCGGAGCGCGACGCCUUUCAUUACCCUAUGCUCCCUCACCCACGACGGCAUCACCAGUGAUUCCCGAAACGGUUCCUACAGUCCCGGAGGUGCCGGAGGUUCCAGCAAGUGUGCUGGACGAGAAGAAAGGGUUAGAGCUGGGGAAUCGCAUAUCAAGGAAACUCUUCCGCUCUAAUACUUUUAAAGAGUUGACGGGUCGCCGAAAGAGGAGCGAAAGCAUCGAUGUGCCGAGUUCUCAGCAAGAACGCUGGUCUAGUAGGACAAGUUCGUUAAUAAAUGGGCCUGAGGAUGGAUAUAGCUACAACCCAACUCCCAUCCAAGGGAGCUUGUCGGUGAAUGUAUCGCGAACGUCGUCGAAUUAUGAUCUUGGGUCAUAUGAAGCUAAACGACUAUUGAAUCUCGUCGAAGAACCGUCUUACGAAAAUAGCUCUGUAGUUUCGGGGAAUCAUUUGUAUAUUUCGGAAUCAAUCCAUGGCGACUUUAGAGGGCGACGACCAUCAAUUCCUGAGACGACCCCAGAGAUGACUAGAGCCAACUCCGAGGCUUCUUUAUAUACACCGAUGCGGAGACGGUCCUUGAUGACUCCGGGCAUUGCCACUCGCGAAGUACCGGUGGAUCCAGGUCCUUCAAAGCCGAGGGUGAGGCACAGCCUUCCCUCAACUCCGGCGCGUCGGCGUUCUAUAGAGUCGUUGGGUGACGAAGAGGCUCAUUUUCCUGCUCUAUCGAUUGACCCGAAUCUCAUACCCCGUGCUCUUACUCCUUGCGAAGCAGAAUAUAAGCAAACAGGUGCUUUUAAGCUCGGCACCCUCCGAAUUACCAAUGGCAGUCCUGCACGGAGUCCUGCUCGUAAACCUGAUGAAAAGAUGAAAUUCGGAGACACUGAAAUGCUGUUAGAUGGUGAGCCGACGGGCGAUUAUUUUGAACCGAAGAAACUUUCUCCUAGUUUGAGCAUUAAUCCUGAUAUCCCGAACACAGCUUCGACUCCAUCUCAAAAUUCCCAUACAGAUGCAGCAGUGCCUCCGAAUUUUGUUGAACCUGAGGCGUGUCCCCAAUUUCCAGCUGAUCAUCAAUCUAGCAUACUAUUACAUGAUGAACAGCUCAAGGUUCCUCAGAUGCAAGUAACCAGCAAGCAUACGGCUAUGGAAGAUGAGCUGUUUGACGAUGAACAAAACGAAUAUUCUUCCGUCGAAGUUCUAGAUGUGCGGAUAGAUACGAACGCGAAAUCCGUUCCGCGCCCAAAGGUGGCACCCGAGAAGAGAAGUUCGAGAGAAAUUAUCAGAGCAGAUAGUGGUAUCGCAAGUCCGGCGUCAGAAUAUUCGCACGUGCCUUUGUCUAAGGCAGAUUCUGGCUAUAGCUCUAGCAUUUCUCUUCGAUCGCUCUCUUCGAAGCCAUCGGCUGCCGAAAAGGAUCGUGCUUCGGAGAAAGAAGUUGAAGCAUUGGAUAAUGCCAAUAUGAAGCAAGGCGAAGAUAUUGGGGAAUCGAGGGUUGCGAGUCCUACUACUGCGGUAGUUGCCGCUACACCAGUCGACGACGCUUCCCCUCCACCUGUUCCAAUUAAAGACCCGCAUCUUCUAGCUCUAGCUAGCCCAAGAGGAACCUGUGACCUGUCCCUUUCUGCUCAGAAAAGUUUAAACCCUACGUUACCGGAUAUCUCGAACCAUAUUCUGGCGCCAAAAGGGAACAUAUCGCCAAGUAACAUCCAAAUUCAAGCCAGUCGAAAUUUGAAGAUUUAUCGAGCAAAUUUGCAUACGUCUAACUCUUCCUUGAGAAUUGGUAGUGGUAUCCGCAAACCCGGGAAACUCCAAAGGUUCUUAAGUGGAAGUCGAGCACCGCUUACUGCUUAUAGCACGCAUCCUACUGACCACGCAAGCGUACCUGCUGUCUCUAGGGACUUGCAAGCUAGACUGCAGACGCAUACGGGAUCCACGCCGAUGUCAUUGCGGAGACUAACUUUAAAGUCUGCAGCUAGCAAGGAGACACUCGGGACCAUACUGAGCGUAGGAAGCGCAGAGCUCCUUCAAGAUGAUGAUGUGUCUCCAAAAAGCUCAGUUGGCCAACUAUGGACUUCAGAUCGGAUUCAAAGAAAACCGAUUUCUCUUAAAUCGACACUUACACAUACGACUUCAGUUUCCACAAAAAAGCCGAUUCCCCGGAAGCCUGUGCCUAUUCGAAUCAAUGAUUCUAGCGUAACCGGGCCGUUGACUACGUCCCCGAGAGCCAUCGAUGAAAGCUCCGGAGAGAACGAAACAGGUCAAACUACAUCAACUCAGGUUACUGGAAAAGAUACAGAGGGAGAUGGUUCUAGCCAUCUUACAGAUGGCAAAAGAGAAAGACACUCUGCAUCUUUUCCUCGGCUAACGGGACCGAAUGCUAUGGCAAGCCACGUGAAGGAAUCAGGGACGACUAGUACCGGUGCUAGGCACGGCUACGAAUUGGCUCAGGGCAAGUCGCAUCCACUCACAUUCCUUGAACCUCCACCAGCCGUACCCAAUAUUAAAUCUUCUAAAAGUCCUCCUCCGGUAAGUAUGAGGACUCGGAACAUGAAAUCUCGACGGUUCUCCGCCCCUAUAAGACCUCAGUCAACUCCGCCCGAGAUGAGAUGGUCAGGGCGGCCCUCAUAUCCUCGCAGGGAAAGCCAAGAAGGCAAUGUGGAAACUUCAGAUUUUAUUGGUACCUCUACGUUGUAUCAUGCUGCUAUACCUAGGAGUUAUAGCCAGGGAAAUUUACGUAUCUUUGAUCCGGCACAAUUAGGCGACGAGUCUUCUGCCAUACCCACAGCGAACAAUCUGCGAACUAUGAGUUCGAGAUUCGAUGCUGUAAAAGCACAAGUGCCAAAUUGGAAUGUUCAAGCAGAUCACGGACCUACUCUUUCCCGACCGUCAUCUUCCGAUCACCUACAUAACCGUCGAGGUUCAUUCGGUAGCCAGUCUAGUCAACAACACUCGUCGACCACAGACCCAAGUUCCUUUCAACAGCAGCAGUAUUCACAUUCUAAUCCACCAUCACUACAUCAUCGAUCUAGCUACGACGAAUAUAACCUCAUACCUCAAGAUAGUUGCGUUAGAGAUAAUGGCCCCUAUCCAUCGAUGCCUCGCAACGGGCAGGCAGUUGUUUCUGACCCCUGGAGUGGUCGAUCGAUGUCGAUGCCGCAGCAAUGGGACCAAGAACUCAGCCAGCCUGUUCGGCACCCUCCAUACGCUCCCCGGCGUCAUCAAAGGCACCGGAGUUUAGACCAAUACGGGAAUCCUAUGCCUUAUCGAGUUCUCCAUUCUUAUAAUUCCCCCGCCUACCGCAACGUCCCAAUUUGGCGAUGA